AAGUGCGAGGAGGCCGGCAGGCGUGCAGAGCUCCGUGUGUCUCACCUGAGGUCCGAGGAUACGAGAGGACGUCGCACUGGACAAUAUGCUGUUCUGCCAUUCCCAGCCUGAGUCCUACCACCAGCACUCUGCCACUUACAUUAGAGAGGCCAUAGCACCUUUCCUGGCAAACGAGGAAUCCAGGCUUAUGGCUGAAAGUGCCAUAUGUGCCAAGAGGAGCCCGUUCCAGUACUCGCUGUGUGCAGCCACCUCGCCGGCUGCCAAACAGCAGGAGGAGACGCUCACUUAUCUCAACCAAGGUCAGUCCUACGAAAUCCGUAUGCUUAACAGAAAACUAGUGGAGUAUACAGAUAUAAGCAGCAAAUAUGUAAAGAGUAUCGUGCGCGUGGUGUUCCAUGACCGUCGGCUGCAGUACAUGGAGCACCAGCAGCUGGAGGGGUGGAGGUGGAACAGGCCUGGAGACCGGAUCCUGGAUCUAGAUAUCCCUCUGUCAGUGGGGAUACUGGAGCCUCGUUCUCACGCUCUGCACCUCAACACCAUCGAGUUCCUCUGGGAUCCCGUGAAGAACGCUUCAGUGUUCAUCCAGGUCAACUGCAUCAGCACCGAGUUCACGCCCAGGAAGCAUGGCGGGGAGAAGGGGGUGCCCUUCCGCAUCCAGGUGGACACGUUCACCACCAACGAACACGGGGAGUACAUGGAGCACGUCCAUUCGUCCAGCUGUCAGAUCAAAGUCUUCAAGCCCAAAGGAGCUGAUCGCAAACUGAAGACGGACAAGGAGAAGAUCGAGAAGAAGACGCUUCAAGACAGAGACAAGUACCAGGCGUCCCACGAGACCACCGUGCUGAAAGAGUGCUCCCCUUGGCCCGACGCCCUGAACCUCACCACCCACAGCAGCUGCAGCACCCCCUCACCUGUUUACCACAGCUCACCCACCUCCUGCAGCGUCCCAGAUGGCAACUGUUCUCCAAACCAGCAGGGGGAGCUGCUCCUGCCCAGCUGCUCAGAUCACCUCCUGCCAGCGUCCUCGCCACAGGACACUCAGGACUGGCUACACCGUCACCGCUUCUCCUCUUUCUCCAGGCUCUUCACCAGCUUCUUAGGUGCAGAUCUUCUGAGCAUGAGCAGGGAGGACCUGGUCCAGAUAUGUGGUCCAGCAGAUGGCAUCCGCCUCUUCAACACCAUGAAAGGAAGGUGCAUCCAGCCCCGUCUCACCAUGUACGUGUGCCAGCAGCAGGCCCGGAAUCAACCUCCCAUCAAGCCCGGGGGCGGAGACAUCUACCACGCUCUGUACCUGGAGGAGCUGACCCUGCUGGACCUGUCUGAGAAGGUGGCCAUGCUGUACAGCAUCACUCCGCAGCAAAUCACACACAUCUACAGACAAAAACCCACUGGGAUCCACAUCCUGGUCUCUGACGAGAUGGUGCAGAACUUCGGGGAGGAGACGAGCUUCGUCAUCAGCACUAUAAGGGAUGAAAACACUGACGGCUUCCACAUUGUGUUGAAAUGACCAGCAGGGGGACGCAGGAGGAGGUUUCAUCCCAGCGAUUGUACAGAUUGUAAAUAAAUCCUUCUAGAAUAAAAGAUCACAUAUUUACAGGACAGUAAAAAAAGCUGUGAAGCUCGUGGUUUACUGUUGAUUGUGUGUUUCUAUUCAGCCGUCUUUAAUUCCCUUGUUUUAUUUGUACAUUUGUCAAGUUACUGAUUCAUGUUUAAUAUGCUUGUAAUUCAUGGUAAAGCCUGUUGCUCCUUCACAUGUGCUCACAUUCUAUAAGCAUCUAUUAAUGCCAGUGAGUGACUUUCAUGAAAUAAAGCAAAGUAAGUGUCACACAUCAUCAUGCAGACAAAUCAAAAAGACAAAUGAACAAAGGUGUUUUAUGCUGUUUUAAUGGGAGUGCUGGUCUCCCAGUGUCCCUGCUCUACCUGGAUCUGCUGUUUCCCACCAGCUUCUGUUGCUUUAAGGCUGAACGUGGACAGUUUGAUCUGUUUGUGCAUUAAAGUCAGAAUAAAGUAUUUUGCACUGUU